AUGGAUGAGUCUGGCAGGAACCCAGACUUGCCUGAAGGUUAUGGAGAAGGGGUCCCGCCUUGGCUCAUAGGUCAUGAUGGAGGAUAUGAGGCAGGGUCAGGUGUGAAACGCAGGUAUGCAGAGGUUGUUCCCCCGGGGUCACAUGACCCACGAAUCAAGCGAGCCAGGCAGGGAGUGGUGGGCUCAGUGUCCAGUGCUCUCACAAAGAAGCUCGCACGCAUGAAGACCAAGCUUCAGAAGGUGGAGAAGAACCCACGGAAGAAAGAACACCGGCACAACCACGAAGAACAACGGCGGGCAGAAGUGAAGCAGCAUGGACAAGAAAAAGAGAAAAAGCGAACCUCCCCCGGGGGAGUCGUCAUCGGUCAUGCAGGAACCUCCCCCGGGGGAGUCGUCAUCGGUCAUGCAGGAACCUCCCCGGGGGAGUCGUCAUCGGUCAUGCAGGAACCUCCCCCGGGGGAGUCGACAUCGAGACUUAAGAGACCCACAACACAGAGACUUAAGACACCCCCAACACAGAGACUUAUGAGACCCCCAACACAGAGACUUAAGAGACCCCCAACACAGAGACUUAAGACACCCCCAACACAGAGACUUAUGAGACCCCCAACACAGAGACUUAAGAGACCCCCAACACAGAGACUUAAGAGACCCCCAACACAGAGACUUAAGAGACCCCCAACACAGAGACUUAAUUAA